AUGGCAAUUCUCUAUGUAAUAUGGAAUAAAAUGGGCUCUUCCAACGCCAGCUGUGGAAACAUUACUGACGAGGGGGCCAUCCCCUUCUCCACCAGCAAGGCCAACCCGCGGGUGUGGAGCGUCGGCCGGUCCAUGGGGAGCGACCACGAGAGGCCGUGGGUGAAGGUGCUGCCGCUGAGCCUGCUGUGCAGCGGGCUGCUGCUCUGGUGCGCCUUCCGGGAAAAAACGGAGAUCGACGAGCGGCUGGAAGCGAUUUUCUCCGGUCAGGUCGUGGACUCGCUCGAUGAGGCCCCAAAAAGCGCCGCUCCCUCGGCAGCGCCGCAGGAGAAGUGA